AUGAGAAAUUGCUACGAUGUGUUAGGUUGUUCAUCAACAGAUUCGUACAGCGAACUGAAGAAAGCUUAUUUCUCUAAGCUACGCAUAAAUCAUCCAGAUAAGGGUGGUUCCAGCUCAGAGUUAUUUUUGGUGACGAAGGCUUGGUCCGUCUUAAAGAACGAGAAUACUCGUCGAAGCUAUAAUAAUUGGUUAAGAGAACAGUUAUUACGCGAGAAUCGAGCUAUUGUUGGACAACAAAUCGUUAUCAAUAAUACUGUUGAGCGAGUUGAAAAAUUUUGCAGUUGCGGUGGUGAAUUUAUCCUCGAGAAAAUAGAUCUUGAUCGUAUUAUUAGUUCUGCUUAUUUCGACUGUCCAAAUUGUUCAUUAUGUCUGGGAGUCGUUGUUCUCGGAAGUAGUGGUGUUGGUAAAAGUUCAUUUGUCAAUGCUGUUUGCAACAGACAUGAUAUAAUUCCUAGUAGUACAGUUGGUUGUGCUGUUUCCGUAAUCGCUCACCAGUAUCGUGCUGGAACUACUGACGAACAAACGGAACUCAUUGAGCUUUGGGAUAUAGGCGGCUCCACAGUUCAUCAAAAAGCAUCUGUUAAUUUUCUCGACGGAGCUACAGGUGUAAUAUUAGUACACGAUCUGAGCAAUAAGAAAAGUGAAUCAAAUCUUUCGCAAUGGGUAGCAUUACUUUGUGGUGAAUCAUCGUCAUCUUCUUUUAUUUCACCAUUUACAUCUUCAUCCAGUUCACGGUUUUUGUUAAACGAUAUUGAAGGUAUACCAAUGCCAACAUUAAUUGUUGGCUGUAAAUCUGAUUUAGCACCUGAACGAGCUAAACAGACAGCAUAUGAUAGAAUUUCUUUAAAUUGUCGACGUCCAAUUUCACCUGGCUCUACGAUCCGAAUUAUCUUAUCGAAGUUUUUUGAUUCAGUUGUUGAGCGAAAAAAAGUGCCUGUGGCAGGAGAUAAGCGGCGCAAAAUUAUUAUCACUUAA